AUGGCUUCAUAUCAACAAUUACCAACCGCAGAUAGGUCUUCUUACGUGGACGUGUCUACAACACGCCAUGAAGACCCUGAACACGAUCAUCUCUUUGAAGCAUCAAGAAGCUUAACCCAUGAGAGCUCUGAAAAGGCUCUUGGUCAGCGUCGACGAUAUAUUUACUCAGGACUCGCGCUGCUAGUCUGUUUGAUUACAUUUGUUGUUCAGACCGAAGUUGCAGGAUACCUGGCCACAACAUUGCAAUAUAAAAAGCCCAUCUUCAUGUUAUACAUUACACAUUCAUCAUGGACGCUACUAUGGCCUCUCCAGAUUCUUAUUCUUCGUCUAGUCAAGUACCAUUUACCUUUUUCAACGUUUUUCCGAUUGCAUCUUAAAACAGUUUUAUCCACAGCUGAAAUGAUUCUAGACCAUAACACAGGCGACCAUCUUUCAAGAAGUCACCACCACACCCCACAACAGUUUACCCCAGAAAAUACUCUCCCCAGAGCCAAAGCUCUGCUUUCCCAAAUUCUCAAAAUUUGCUUUUACCUCUUUCUCGCCCUUACUGUUGCAGGAUCCUCUUGGUACAUUGCAAUUAACCUGACAACUACCAGUGACAUUACUGCAAUUUACAAUUGCUCGGCCUUUUUCGCCUACGCCUUCUCAGUGCCGCUGCUUCACGAGCCACUCCGUCGUGACAAGGCCUUUAGUGUGAUACUAGCCAUGGUCGGUGUAUUUAUAGUUGCGUACGGCGGUGGUACUGACCAAAACGAAGACGACGCUGCCAAGUAUCCUUUCCGUGUCUGGGGGAACCUUAUCAUUGGUGUUGGUGCCGUUCUCUAUGGUCUUUAUGAAGUUCUCUAUAAAAAACUGGCCUGCCCACCAUCUGCAGUAUCGCCCCGACGCCAGGCUGUCUUUGCAAACGUUGUCGGUAGCGGAAUCGGUCUCUGCACGCUGUGCGUGCUUUUGAUCGCUCUGCCUAUUCUUCACUGGACUGGGGUCGAGCGCUUUGAGCUACCUCGUGGCCAAAUCCUUGGUCUUCUGUGUGCGUCUAUCGUAUCCAAUAUGCUUUUCUCUGGCGGCAUGCUGGUUCUCAUGUCGCUCACAUCCCCCGUUCUGUCGUCGGUAGCCUCGCUACUGACCAUCUUUAUAGUUGCAAUUGUCGACUGGUUUCUCUUCAGUGUGCCCGUCACUUUGGCAGGGCUUAUUGGUGGAAUCAUGAUUAUUGCAGCAUUUCUGUUACUUUCUUAUGCAACUUGGCUUGAAUUACAAGCUGAGGAUGAUACCGAAUUAGAGGAUGAGUAUAACCAGGAAGUCAAUUAG